AUGCGUUGCGCUUACACAAUCUUGGAGCGUUAUCCAUAUUGCUACGGUUACUGGAGAAAGUUCGCCGAUUACGAGAAGAAGAAGGGGAACCCCGAAAAUGUCCAAACGGUGUUCGACCAAGGUCUGAAAGCUAUUUCGCUAAGUGUCGACUUGUGGCUGCAUUACAUCAACCACUGUAAAACUGUUUAUGAAAAGGACGAGGAGAAACUUCGGGAACAGUACGAGAGAGCCAUUCUAGCUUGUGGACUUGAGUUCAGGUCGGACCGUCUCUGGGAGAGCUAUAUAAAAUGGGAAUUGGAGGGGAAACGUUUGAGCAGAGUGACAGCAUUGUACGAUCGCUUACUGUCGACGCCCACUCUCGGCUACAUCUCCCACUUCGAGGCUUUCCAGGAAUUCGUGUCGUCUAACCUGCCGAAUCGUAUCCUGAGCGUGGAUGACUUCCUCGCACUACGUGCCGAGGUGAAGGCCCUCCUAAAAUCAGAUGACACCACUACCACGUCUGCUGCCGACGACGCGCCACCCGGCGAGGAACCACCACCUCACGAAGUGCCACCUACCGAUGAGGAGACGCGUGCUAUUCGCGAAAAGAUCAUCAGCAGCAGGCGCAAAAUGCAUAAGGCGAACGUCAAUGCGGUAGCUGCCAGAUGGUCGUAUGAGGAAGGAAUAAAAAGACCGUACUUCCACGUAAAACCGCUGGAACGAUGUCAGUUGAAGAACUGGAAAGAAUAUCUAGAUUUCGAGAUCGAACAAAAGGAUCAAAAUCGAAUAAUCAUCUUGUUUGAGAGGUGUCUUAUCGCUUGCGCACUUUACGAUGAAUUUUGGAUGCGAUUUGUGCGCUAUUUGGAAUCGUUGAAAGGAGAUAACACGGAAAAAAUCCGAGACGUAUAUUCGCGAGCAUGUAUGGUGCAUCAUCCGAAGAAGCCAAAUCUACAUUUGCAGUGGGCUAUUUUCGAGGAGGGUCAAGAUAACUUCGAGAAAGCUGCCACUAUAUUAGAGAAUAUUGACAAUGUAUUGCCUAAUAUGCUACAAGUGGCGUAUCGACGAAUAAACUUGGAGCGUCGUCGUGGAGAUUUGGAGAAAGCAUGUACUUUGUACGAGAAUUAUAUUAGCAAUAGCAAAAACAGGACAAUUGCUAAUAAUAUUGUCGUUAAAUACGCACGGUUCUUGUGUAAAGUUAAGAAUGACGUUGACAAGGCGAUUAAGAUACUCAUGAAGGCCGCAGAUAAAGACAAAGACAAUCCCAGACUGUAUCUGCAGUUAAUAGAUUUGGGAAUGCAACGAACACCUGUAGACACGCAAGAAAUCGUGGGUUACAUGGACAUGUUUAUAGAAAGGGAACAUGCGGAUCUUGAGCAGAGAGUGCUUUUCGCGCAACGUAAAGUAGAAUUCUUGGAAGACUUCAGCCCCGACAUUCGGCAAGUGUUGAAGGCUCACGAGCAAUUCCAAAAAUGCAUUAAGCAAGCAAAAGAGAGAAAGAAGACGAAGGGUGAUGAUAAUAAAACCGAUUCUUCACCUCCCAAGAAAGUGAAGACCGAUCAGUCGAACGUGCCACCGCCACCAUCAGUGGGUUCACAGUCUUCAUACCAAUACAGCAGUGGACCGAGCGGGCCCUACCAGUCACAACAGCAGUUCCAAGGCGGGCAGUAUGGCGGACAGGGUGGCUACCAGCAAGGUUAUCAACAGUAUCCACCUCCAUCGGAUCCUAAUUAUGCUAACUACCAAAACUGGCAAUACGGCCAAGGCGGACCGCAAGCUUAUGGCCCUUACAAUCAGUGGGGAUCUUACAAUUAUUAUUAAUGUCGAUUACGUAAUCGCCUUUAAGACCCGUAAGAUUAUCGUAUCAUUAAUUGUCUCUGCUGUACAUUCUCUAGUAUUUUAUUCUACCGAUUUCGAUUUAGAAAUCAUCGGACAGAAGAAUUAUUGUUUAAGUACAUCGGUAACCUAAUGAGAUGAGAGCUUGUGUGUUGACUGUCGUAAGAUGUAAAUGGUAUUUCUUGUAUAUCAAUAUCUAACGUCUUACAUGAAUAUUUACUGUGUGUAAUGAGCAAACUGUGUACCGUUGGCAGAAUUUUGCUCUUUUAUUGUAUUUUUUAUUUUAUUCAAAGCUCAUGAUUUAAUCAUUGCUCUUAACCAUUGUCAUUUUUGGAAAAAUUCAAAUUAUUAGAAUAUUUUUAUUAAAUAUUAAUAUCAAAUAUUUGAGUAUAUUUUAGAUUAGAUACUGUACAAAAAAUAAAACUGAAUAGAUAUGUGCAAAUAUUUUCAGUGAAAAAAAAUAAGAGUGAAAUUUAUUGAGAUAAAUAAGAAUGUAAUCCUGCCAUCGGUAUACAGAUUUUUCUAGAAAUCUGUAUAUGUGUUCUCUGCAAAACGUUAGAUGUCAAGAAUGAUUUAAUGGCUUACUUCUACGACUCUUAAUAAAUUAUGUCAUAAUUCCACAUAACAUUCAUGAUGUUCAAAAACUUGGUAUAUUUUACGCACGGCAAUAUGUUAAAUGCAUUGAAAGCGAUGUAACAUGUAUUCUCACAUUUGUACAAACUUUUGUCAUUGCCGCUUUCGUAAAAAAAUUAUAUUUAUAUCAUGUGAGAAUCAUAAUUUUCUCUGUUAAGUCUUUUACUAUGUAGAGCUUGUUACCAUCAUCGAAACUUUGUUAAUCGGCACAGAAUAUUGGAGGAUAUCUUUUAUUAAUCAACAUUAAAAGACAUUCUUUAUCAUUUCAACCUUACGACCUUAAUUUUCAUUAAGAUUUGUUACUUUAACAUGUAUGUAUUAAAUAUAUCUCGACAUUUAAUAAUCGUUAAACACAAUGCCUUUUCAUAAUUUUGAAAAAUAAAUGCUUUUCAAUUCGA